AAAGAAGGGAACAGGAAGCAGUUAGGUGUGCAGAAGAAAAGAGGUAGUGGUGAUGGGCAUUUGGGCAUGCCAUGCUCAUCCCUCCUCCAAACUCGUCGGAGAAAAGCAAUAAUAAUAAUAAUAAAGUUGCAGUUUUUCCCCUUUGAUUGUGAGUUUUGUUAUUGGGGAUGGGGAAUGUGAAUGACACUCCUUCAGAAGAAGAAGGUUCAGGGACAGUGCCUCCAAAUGAGGAUGAAGAUGGGAACGCAGCGAUGCCUCAUUCUCCCCCCACCAGUCCCACGGCUACGCGUUCCCCAUUCAUCUUCGCUCCUCAAGUCCCAGUGGUUCCGCUACAAAGACCUGAUGAGAUGCAUGUUCCGAGUCAUUCCUGGAUGCAUACUACUUCAGGGUAUGAAGAUAUGUACACUGAACAAGGAAUUCCAACAAUGAUUACGUGGAGUUAUGGCGGAAAAGAAGUAUGUGUGGAGGGAUCGUGGGAUAAUUGGAAAAUAAGAAUGCCAUUACAGAGGUCAGGGAAAGACUUCACAAUAAUGAAGGUACUGCCGUCUGGUGUUUACCAGUACAGAUUUAUUGUGGAUGGACGACGGAGGUACACACCAGAAUCACCUUGGGCCUUAGAUGAUGCUGGAAAUGCUUAUAACAUCUUGGACUUACAGGAUUAUGUUCCUGAAGAUAUUGAAAGCAUUUCUAGUUUUGAGGCUCCUCAAUCACCAGACUCUAGUUAUAAUAACUUACAACUUAGUUCUGAAGAUUAUGCAAAGGAGCCACCGUUAGUCCCUCCACACUUGCAAAUGACACUGCUAAAUGUGCGUGCAACAAAUAUGGAAAUACAACCUCCAAUGUCAAGACCUCAACAUGGAGUGCUCAAUCAUCUUUACAUGCAGAAAGGAAAGGGUAGUCCUUCAGUGGUUGCCCUCGGUACAACUCAUCGGUUUCUGGCCAAAUAUGUCACUGUGGUGCUGUACAAGUCGUUGCAAAGGUAAACUAAAAACAUAAAUGACUUGGACCACAGUCUUGACGCCUUCUAUUAGUUUAUAAACUUUCGCGUAGUAUAGUUAUAAGAGAGAAAUGGGAAGCUACGUAAGGAUCACAACAUGAAAGUCAAGAGUGUAUCACAUAUAAUGCUAUUGCUUGAUGGCCAAUCACAUGACACUUCAGUUCCAAUUCUUACAUAUUUGGUGAUACUUUCUCUAGGAAUUUUGGUUGAAUGAUUCAAAGGAUAAAAAUAAUUUAUAUAAAAUGUUCUUAUCACAUAUAGUUGGAAAAGUAAUUUGUUGGUUUAGGAUAUCCGCCACACACAUCUUCUGUUUUAGCGUCUCUCUUAGAU